AACAAACAUGUCAAAUUACAACAUCCGGCUCUAUAAAGACUCAGAUUACGAUAUAGUGAGAGACAUCUUUGUUUGUGGGAUUACAGAACCUUACACCUUGUCCAUCCGUCAUACACUCAGCCUUCCCCGGGUCUGGAUCCUCAUUCUUGCCAUGUUCCUCCUUGCCCUGAUGACCACAGGUUGUUCUAAAGCCUCGUUUACAGUGGUGAUCGCCUUCCUACUUUUCUUGUUGCUCAAGAACCGAGAUGUAUUCUUUUCCUAUGCUAGGGGAUCCCUGGCUGGUGACCUGUUGGAUAUCAAGAAAAAUUACCUUCAGCGGGACGGUUGCUGCUUUUGGGUGGCAGAAUCAGAAGGAGAAAUUGUUGGCAUGGUGGCAGCUUCCCCAUUCCCCCAUCCUGGCGGACAGAAGCAAGUGGCGCUCAGAAGGCUGUCGGUUCCCAUGAAACAUCGGGGCAGAGGCAUCGGUAAGGCUUUGUGUAAGACCGUCAUUGACUUUGCCCAGAAGUCUGGAUAUCAGGCCGUCGUCUUGGAGACGGCAGCAUUUCGGGUGGACUCUUUAUACCUGUACAAGAGCCUGGGCUUCAAGAUAACGAACAUCUUCACUGAAAAUUUCUAUUUCAGAAGAUUUAUAGACUAUAUUGAUAUUUCACUCCAGUAUGAUCUUCCAUAAAAUACUAUCCUUUGCCAUUGUCCUGUUUCCUAGGGUUUUAUCCCCUCUAUUCCUUUAAUUUACCACUUCCGCCGAUGUCACAGCAGUGGGCUUUUUUUUCGUGGGGCCUAGGGAUGUGAAGGCCCGGAAAAAA